AUUUUAUUGGUUUAAAUCAUCUCUCAUUAAAUAAUACAAUCUUAUUAGCUUAAGAUAUUAUAAAAAUAAAUAUAAAUAUAAACAUAAUCUUUAUAAUCAAAUUCUAAAGACAUCCUUUUACUUAUGAAUAAAUAUCCUUCUGUAGAGAUAUCUAACUUCCUAAACACUCAGAAUAACGCAUCUGAUAGCUAAAGGGAUAAGGGCGAUAAGGGAUUAAAAAAAUAAAAAAUGCUGCUCAGUGAAAGUUUAAAAAACAUAUAACUUUAAAAUGAAAAUUUAGAAGUUGAUAUCAGUGAUUAAAAAAUGAUGUACACAAGAUAAAUCAGGGAAAUGGACUAGGAAAGUUUGUCUAUAAAAUCAUAAAUAGACUAUGUCAACUUAUAGAUCAACCAAUAGCUGAUACUGAAGAAAGACUUACAAUUUAAAAUACUAAAUUGCAAAGAUAAAAUAGAAGAAUAUCAAAAGUCUCUUUAAGAAAAAUCUAAUAUGUAAAAAUAGCUAACUAGGAGUCUAAGUAAUGGGAUUAAAUCAACUGUUAAAGAAAAUGAGAAUUUAAAAUAAAUACUACUUGAAAAGCAAUAAAAUUUAGGUUAAAUGGAGAAUGAACUAAUCGAAGUUUAAUAAAAAAUCUAAGAGCUUUAGUCUGAAGUUGAACUGUUAAUAUCUACAUCAGGGCUUAAAUCAUAGAUGAUACAGCAUUGUAGAUAAGAACUGCAAGCAAAUUUUUAGAAAAUGGAGUAAUCUAAAAUGGAAAUAAACUCCUUAAGAGAUUUGCUGGCAAGUUGCGAAAUGGAACACAAAUCUGCUUAAUCUCAAGUUUAAGAAUGCAAAAAAUAAAAGAGUGAUGAACAGGAAUUGUUAUAAAAGCAAUUAUCUCAAAUAAGAAUUGAUUAAGAACAAAUAUAAAGAGAAAAAAAGGCAGAGUAAAAAAAGAUGGUAUUUAUUCAUAAGCAAAGUGCUAUUCGAGUGAUAUUUAACUCUGUAAAUAAGAUAAAAAGAAGAUUUUAUCUUGAAUUUAUACUUAAAUUGUAAAGUAAUGAUUAAGAGAAGUCCCUUGUAAGAAAAAAGUUAAGAAGAGUUUUAGUUAUAUAAAAUAAGCUAUUUAAUAAAGUUGUGUAGUUUUAUUUGAGAUAAUGGAGAUCUAAAAUUAACUUAAAAUAAGAAGAGGAAAGAAAUUCAAAUAUAUUAAAGAAUAUCUAUGAUUUUAAGACAAAGGCAAGGUUUUAUAAAAUAUGGAGAAAAUGCUUUGAACAAAGGUAAUUUUAGCUCUAUAGAAAAUACCAAUCCCUUUGUAAUUUAAAUAUAAUCGAUAAAGCUUUAAAUAAGAUUGUGAUUUAAAGAGCUUUUUCUAAAUGGCUAGGAUAAAUAAAAAAAGUUUAUAAGUUUAUUUUUUGUCUAGAAAGAAUUAAUAAAAAUAUUCAAAAUAACCUUGUUAGGUAAGGGUUUAAUUCUAUUUAGCAAGAGUGUAAGAAACAGUUAUAAGAUAAUUUGUUUGAAGAAAAUAUAAAUUUUGUUGUUCAAUAAAGAAUAUAAUUUUAGUGCUUUUAAGAAUGGAAGAAUUUCUAGCUUACAAAAAAAAGGAAAAAUAUGAUUAUCCUUGGUCGAUCAUUAAAACUAUGGAAACUAUUUAUUAAUAAAAAAAAAAUGAGAUAGUUGUAAAUAUUUCAUAUUUCUAUUAAUCUUAAAAGUAAAGAAGAAAAAUUCCUUAAAAAAAUCAUCAAUUCUUGGAAUUUCAUUAUAUAAAAUGAGAAAAUUGAAAAGCUUAGAGAAAAGUAAUAAUAACUUAACUCUUAGUAAGAAAAUAUUUCAUCCAAUUUAAGAGAGACUGAAGAAGAACUUUUGAAUACCCAAAAAAGGCAUGCUUUAUAAUUAGUGAUAAAUAGACAGAAUUCCUAAUUAUAAUCAAUAAUUUAUAAAUGGAAAUUAGCUUCAAUUUGCAUUAAGAAUUAAGGGAAUGCAUUUUAUUCAAUUUUAAAUGGGAUUGUUGCUAAAUAAAAAUUACAAGCUUUUGUUACAAUUAAAAAAUAAAAUGAAAAAUUUAUAAAAAGCUUGGAAAACAAAACUAUUGCCUAGUUUAAUGAGCAGAUAUCAGAAAUCGAUUAAGAUAUAUAAAAGCACGAAGGCAGUAUAUAAUUGCACAAAAACCAAUAAAAAAUUAGAAAUCUUUAGCAAAUAAUAAUUAAUAAAGAAAGAAAGUUAAAUGAAAUAAAACUCAAAUAUUUUUCUAGAUUUAAAGUAACCAGCAGAAAAAUUUCUUAUAAAAAGACUUAUUUAUCAAGAUUGUUUGGGAUUAUAUAGAAAAAGUCACUAUAUUGUGGAUUUAAAAAAUUAUUCUAGCAUUAUCAAUAUGAGAAUAAACAAUAAUAAAACGAAAAGCUUAUUAAAAAAUAACUAUUUAAAUAGUAAACCAAUUUGGUUAAGCUUGCAAUGGAGUCAUUCAAAAAUAAUAUUUAAUAAAAUAUUCAACUUAAAGUGUUUUUAAGAAAGAGAAUAUUUCAAAUUGAAAGAUAAUAAAUUAAUAUUUACUUCUAUAAAUGGGCUAAUAUUCUUAAAACCGAAUAAAGUUAAAAUUACUAUAAAUUAAUUGAACAACAAAAUGAUUAAACUGAAAAUUUAAAAGAAGAUAUCGAACAACUAUAAAUGAAAUAAGAAGUUACAAAAAAUCUAAUUAAAUAAAAAGAUAAUUACUACAAAAAUAAUUUAAUUAGAUUUUUAAACAAAUAUAUAAUGUUAUAGUAUAAAUUAAAGUAAAAAAAAGGCUUAGCUCUUUGGAAAAUUAAUUUAAAGCAUAAUGAUAACUUAAUUAAACUCUCUACUUUGCUUGAUAAAUACUUUAAAGUACAAUUAUAAAGAAUAUACUUCAACUGUAUAAAAUAAUAUUCUUUUAAUAUUGAUGUUUGUUAACUUUAGUUAAAAGUUCAAGAAUAAGAAAAGAAUUUCAAUGAAUUUAAGAAGAAACAUGAUUCAAAAGUUAAAGAAAUUACAGAACAAUUAACCAAUUUAGACUAAGUUUAAUAAAAUCAGAAUCUGAAAAAGCAAUAGAUUAAAAAUCUCUUAAAAUAAAAAAAUUAAUGGAAAAUUGAUACUUUCCAAUAGAAUUAAGGUUACUUAAAGAUGAAGCUAGCAUAUUUUAACUGGAAGUUUAUAUACUCAAAAAAUACAAAAAUAAUUAAUUAAUUUUAUAAAGUGAUUUAUGCAAAUAUUUUAAGAUGCAAUUUUAAUAUUGUAAAAAAUGCUUAUAACUAGGAUAAAAUAUAAAAAAGAAAACAGUAUUUGGUUUAAAAAAUACUAACAAAGAGAAGAAUGUGCGAUUUGAGAACAUGGAUAAACAAAUGGUAUAUUGUAUCUGAAAAGAAAAAAGAAAUUCAACUUUGCUAAAAAAAUUCAAAUCAAAAUUUUCAAAACUAAAUUGCACAUGAAAAAAGAAUAACGACAAUUUAGAGAUUUUUAAGUUCUUAAAUAAUUUUAAAAAAUAUGAAAAUUUAGAAGUAGUAUCUUUUAACAUUAAAGAAUUACGUAAGAAGCUGUAAAAUUAACAAUAAUAGAAUUGAUUAAUGCAAAAAGAACAUUUAAAAGAAGGAUAUCAGGACAUUUCUAUAAGCUUUAAAACAAAAUUAUGUUUUGAAAAAGCAAAUCAAGCAAAAUUAAUAAUUAAUAAAUCAAAAAAAUAAUUUUAAAAAGUUAAAUUAUUACUUUUUUUAACUAAAAUUCUUACUCUAAAGGAAUAAAAGGUUUGCAAACAUAAUGAAUAACAUAAUUUCUUGCAACCAAAUACUUAGUUAAUAAUUUUGCUUCAAAAGUAUAAUACAAGCUAGUCAUGGAUAAAAACUUUAAAAAAUUGAUUUCAAAAACAGAGGAUUGACUUAGCUCAUUACUUCAGCUUCUUAAAUUAUGAUAAAAUGGCUUUCAAAUAUAUUUGCAAAUUUAAAAAACUUUUCUAGUAUUUAAUCUUAUAAGAAAAAUCUCCUGAAAAAGCUAAUUUUAAGAAAAGUUUAAUUCAUCUAAAGAUCUUAUAUCUCAAAAUGGAGAUUUAAAUCAAACUAAAUGAAAUAGUUUUAAGAAGAUUCAGAAGAAGGUGAUUCGAAACUCGAACAAGUGUUUUUAUCAAAAAGAUUCGAUAUUAUUCUUGAAUUUAUAGCAAGUAAAGGUUAUGACAUGAGCCAGCUUAAGUCAUAUUUAAAAUAAAAAAAAUAAAAAGAAAUAGAUUUAAUGCAUAAAUCAGCAACAAGAUUAAUUUUGAAUGCAUCGGAGAUGAAUUUACUUCCUAAAUCUUUCAAUACAUGGUUAGCAUUCGUAUAAAGAAGGAAAUCUAUAAAAGAAGCAUGCUCUAAAAUGCUUCCAAGGAUAAGAUAACCAGAUUUACUGCAAGCAUUUAAGAAGUGGAAGAGCAAAACAUUUAUUGUUUAUUCUAAAACUCAAUUUGAUACUAGAGAUGUGCUUUUAGAAAAGAUGGUGGUCUUCAAAGAAAAUACAGAUAGACUAGAAAAGUAGUUAAAAGAAGCCGAAAAUAUGUUGAAUGAAUAAACUAGCUUGAAUACCUUACUAGAAAAUAAAAAUGUAUUGGCUGAGAAAUUUGCUAUGAGAAUUAUCAGUUUGUUUGAAAAAAAAGUAUAAAAAUAAGGUUUUGAUAAAUGGAUCUCAUUUGUAAAGUAAUAACGCAUAGAUGAAUAUGAAUACAUUCAACUUCAGUCAGAUGACAAAGUGAAUGAAUUGCAAUUAGAAAUACAAAGACUGAAUACAUUAUUUAUGGAAUUAUAAAAACAAAAUGAAGAAUUAAGAGCCAUUUCUUUAGAAAGUAUAUCAGUUGCAGAGUCUAUUCAGAAUAUAGCAAAAGAAAGAGAUGGUACUAACGAUGCUCUUAAGGAAAAAUAAAUUUCCAUUUAAAACUUGAUUGAAGAAAAUAACUCCCUUUCUGUUAAGCUCAACCUUGCUUAAUCAUAGACUGCUUAAAUUAUGAAGAUGUCUAAGUUAGAGAAGUCCUAAAAAAAUAAUUUUCCAUAAGAGACUUCUUCUACUCACACUUCUUAUGAACAAUCAUUGUGA